AUGCAAGUUUGCAAGGUCAUUGUUCAGGGUAAUAUACUGGGUGUUUACAAAGAUGAAGGAUGGUUCUAUGAGGGUUGUAAUAGAUGUAACAAGAAGAUCAACAAAGUUGUUAAUCUGAGUGAGGACACCCAGGAAUCAGGUUCAGCUGUUACAAAGGAGAUUCUUACCUGUCUCUCUGAUCGUUGUGCUUUUAAAACUAUAACUUCUUCUCUCAAGUUUAAGAUUCAACUUAGAGUUCAAGACCCUUCUGCUUCUGUUACACUUACUUUGUUUGAUCGUGAAGCACGGAAGUUAUUAGGAAAGUCUGUUGAUGAUAUUCUUACUGCCAACCCUGAAUUUCGUUCUGAUUCCAUGAAGAUUCCUGCUGAAGUAGACGCAUUGGUUGGCCAGACUGCUGCUUUUAAAAUAGACGUUACUAGCUACGUCUUGAAGUAUAACAUCCAUAAGUAUGGUAUACUCAAGCUGACUGUGGAUCCUAACGUUAUAUCUGUACUUCAAGAGAAGCAAUCCUCUUCACAGAUAACUUCUUCUCAGAAUAUCUCUCUCAAUAUUGAUGCUUCAGAAUUUGAAUCUCAGACAUCUGAUGGUUUCAAGGACUCUGGUGCCAAACCAACCGAAAACACUACUCCUGUAUCUAACAUGGCGAGCACCGUUUCACCUGUUUCAUUGGAUGUCACUGAUACUCCUGAUUCCAUGUUAGCUAAGGAUGAAGUGAAGCGAAACUUGGUUCAAGUCUAA